GACUGCUGGAGGCGGCCACAGCGCCAUGUUGAACGGAAUCAUCACACUCCGAGGAGAGACUUUCGUCAAAGAGCAGUUGUAAACAGAGUGUUAUUCAUUUCAAAGAGGACAUACCUGCCAAAGAUCGCCCUGGCAAGAAGAGGCGAACUAGGUCCUCGGAAACCCCGACCGGGGAGGGGGAACAACCCCCCAACCUUCAGCAAUGAAGAUAAACCACAAUAAGCGCUAGCUGGCUAACUUUAGCCUGCUAUUCUAUCAAUAAGCUAGCUGUUAGCUCAAGCUUUUCUAUCCGCUCAAACACCGGCAACUUGCUCCUACGAGGCCCGGUCUUGACGUAACACGCCAGCAAUAUUUUUUACGUGCGUUGUUUUUACGCAACUACUUGCUAGCUAAUUUAUUAUUGUAAAUAUCGAAAAGUACGUGUGUGUUUAUUUUUUUUUUGCGAUGAGUUUGCCGCCGAAAGCGGUGCCGAAACCAGCCGCUGCCGCCGCUGGAACUGGACCUGGAACCGGGCCGUCACCCUCAAGCCAGCUGCGGGCCCCCUUGACACCAGUACCACUAUCGCAGGGGCCGCCGGUCGCUCAGCAGCCUCCGCAACUAACGUUACAGCAGACACAAGUUUUCCUUAAUAUCCCUCCUAGGAUUCAAAGACUGCCACCUCUGGAUGAACGAGGCUACCCCACACAGCCCCUCACUCUCUACAAUUUACAGAGACCCCCUGGUCCCUCAUACACACAACAUGAAAUCAACAAGGGACAUCCUAACCUAGCGGCCACACCGCCGGGUCACUCCUCCUCCCCUGGACUUUCUCAGGUAUCAGUUUCAACAGUAUCCACUGCGCAUCUGUAUGGUCCCCCUAAAGGCUGGGAUGCAGGAGGAGGGUCUCCGUACACACCCGGGCAGAAUGCCGGCCAGACCCCUCUGGUCUACUCUCCGCCAACCCAGCCAAUGAACGCACAGCCUCAAAGCCGCCCGUUCGCCCCUGGGCCUCGUCCUACCCAUCACCAGGGAGGAUUCAGACCCAUUCAGUUUUUCCAGAGGGCGCAGAUGCAAACGGCACGGCCCACCAUUCCAAGCAACAAUCCUCCCAUCCGGCCAACGUCUCAAUCCCCCGCGGCAGCGGUCUACACCCCGAAUCAGCACAUCAUGAUGACCAUGACACCCAUGUCCUUCCAUUCCCCACAGACAGCACAGUACUACAUCCCGCAGUACCGUCACAGUGCACCUCCAUAUGUGGGGACGCCUCCACAGUACUCGGUCCAGCCCCCCGGUCCCAGUACCUUCUAUGCUGGACCCAGUCCAGGGGACUUCCCUUCACCUUAUGCAGCGGGACCUUCCUACUAUCCUGGGCAGACCAUGUACACACCAUCUCCACCCAUUAUAGUGCCUACACCACAGCAACCUCCACCUAAGAGGGAAAAGAAAACAAUCCGCAUCCGAGACCCAAACCAGGGUGGGAAGGAUGUCACCGAUGAGAUAUUGUCAGGGGUGGGUGGAAGUCGAAACACAACGCCACCCGUGGGUCGGCCCUCCUCCACACCUACACCUCCACAGUUUUUAUGUCCACACCCUCAUUAUCCUCACAUUUUCUACCUCAAAUCCCAGCAGCUGAACAGCCAGGUAGCAGAUCACGGGUUCAUGUAUAACGUGGAUACCACCCAGCUCCUUCAUGCACCCAUCGACUUGAAAACAGAUGACAAGCCAAAACUUGCCUCACAAAGAACUGCAUCUCCUGCACUGCGGCAGCCAGAAGCUCCUUUGGAGAGAAGAGAUCGCAGCAGCCCACUCCAAGCGCCCACCCCGCCUCAGAAAACUGAGGCUCCCCCCUUGGUCCCAGAAAUGCCCUUAAGUGUAGCUACAGCCCCCAUUCUUUACAUGCCUUCCUCAGCAGUGGACUCGGCUGAAUCCUCAAGCCCAUCAACUGAGCCCAUCCCCGCAAAAGCUAUCACACCAGAACCAGAGAGCUCAGAGGCGGAAAAAUCUUCCUCAGAACAACACUCACCUCAGAGCCUGUCAACAUCCCCAACCCAGACUGAAAAUGCUAUCAACGGGUUGGCGGACACUGAUGCUACUCCCUUGAGUGAAGACUUGGAAUCCCAACCCAGGGAAGCGUCUCCGUUGUUGCCUACUCCCAGUGUGCCCCAGUUGCCCAGCACGGAGCCCGGUCCCAUCACACCAGCACUGGAGGGCGACUCCACAGAGGUGAAGGCUGAUAGUCCUUUGCCUGCUGCUGAGGACAGUGCUGGAUCUUCUGAUGCCCCAUCCCUCCCUGGCUUAACCAUCACCACUACUGCUGCUAUCUUCACCACACCUCCACCUCCAGGCCUCAUACACCCAAGUCAGCUUUCUGCAGGGUCAGGCCUGGUCAGGAGGUCUUCUACAGGGGCAGAGCUCAAAGAAACAGGGAAGGAGACCGAGACCUUUUUGGACAAGAAAGGCGAGCCUUUUUUGCUAUCCAGAAUAAGCUCAAGUCAAGCUACAUCUAGUGCACCAAAGACCUGGAAGAAGCCAAAGGAGGACAUGCCUGUAGAUCAAGAUCAAUGUCCAGACAAAGAGGAGGAAAUGGUUGAGCCUACUGUGGAGACUGUUGAAGAAACCCUCAGUCCAUCUCCCGUGGAGGUGGAGAGGAGGCCGUCGGUAGGAGCGGUGCUCGAGGAGAACGGUGAACAAGAAGCAGAGCCGCUAAGAAAUGGUGCUGAUCACCCCUUAGAAACAGAAAGCACUGAUGGCGUCCACAUUUCAGCUGUCAGAGAGCCUCUGAUCAAAGCAGUGCCACAGCCUGCCGAGAAGAAUGGAAAGAAACAGUAUGAUAGAGACUUCCUGUUGGGCUUCCAGUUCAUGCCUGCAUGCGUGCAGAAACCAGAGGGGCUUCCUCCUAUUUCUGAUGUUGUUUUAGAUAAGAUUAACCAAAACAAGCUGCCCAUGAGAUCAGUAGACCAACGUAUGAUCUCCAGGGGCCCAGACUUCACGCCAGCAUUUGCUGAUUUUGGCAGACAGAUGUCAGGGGGCAGAGGAGCACCGCUGCUAAAUGUUGGCCUGCGGCGGCCAUCUGGGCGCAAGAUCAUUAUGAACUUGCCGGUGAACGAAGAGGUGCAGCUCAGGACAACAGAGAAUGCCUGGAAGCCUGGCAUGAAGCGGGACAGCGUCGCAGAAGAUCCAGAUAUCCUGAAAACUCAAGAGCUCUUCCGAAAAGUACGGAGUAUCCUCAACAAAUUAACACCACAGAUGUUCAACCAGCUGAUGAAGCAGGUGACCGAUCUCACCAUCGACACAGAGGAACGCCUCAAAGGUGUCAUAGAUCUGGUGUUUGAGAAAGCCAUUGAUGAGCCAGGCUUCUCUGUGGCCUAUGGGAACAUGUGCAGCUGUCUGGCCACAUUAAAAGUGCCCAUGACGGAUAAACCCAACAACACUGUGAAUUUCCGAAAGCUGCUUCUGAAUCGAUGCCAGAAAGAAUUUGAGAAGGACAAGGUGGAUGACGAUGCUUUCGAGAAGAAACAUCGGGAACUGGAGGCAGCUACCUCAGCUAGCGAGCGGGAGAGGCUGCGUGAAGAAUUGGAAGAGGCGAAAGACAAGGCUCGCAGACGGUCCAUUGGCAAUAUUAGGUUCAUCGGCGAGCUCUUCAAGUUGCGGAUGCUGACGGAGGCCAUUAUGCACGACUGUGUGGUCAAGUUGCUGAAAAAUCAUGACGAAGAGUCACUCGAGUGCCUCUGCAGGCUGCUCACCACUAUUGGCAAGGACCUGGAUUUUGAGAAAGCUAAGCCAAGGAUGGAUCAGUACUUCAAUCAGAUGGAGAAGAUAGUAAAGGAGAGAAAGACCUCUUCACGUAUUCGCUUCAUGCUGCAGGACAUCAUUGACCUUCGAUUGCACAAUUGGGUGUCUCGGAGAGCUGACCAGGGUCCCAAGACCAUCGAGCAGAUCCAUAAGGAGGCAAAGUUGGAGGAGCAGGAGGAACAGAGAAAGGUCCACCAACAACUGCUGUCCAAAGACAGCAAGAGGAGACCAGUGGUGCAAAGAGAGGAGACCUGGAGCACUGUGCCUAUGACUAAGAACAGCAGGACAAUAGACCCCACCAAAAUUCCCAAGAUCUCCAAGCCAACAAUAGAUGAAAAGAUUCAGCUUGGACCAAGAGCUCAGCUGAACUGGAUGAAGGGCAGCAGUGGAGGGGCUGGAGCCAAAGCCAGCGAAUCAGAUGUCUCUCGCACCAGUGCCACUAGUUUAAACCGUUACUCUCCCCUGCAACCCUCAGCAUCCUCUUUACCCUCUUCAUCCCCAGAUUUCGACAGGAGAGUUCUCGGCAGCCGUGGAAGUUCAGGGCGGGAACGUAACGACAAGCCAAUGAGUGCAGCUCCUGCGCGGACAGGGCUCAUCUUGGUGGGUAGCAGCAAUAAGGAGGCCCCCGAAGAGACGAUCCAGGAAGUGUCCCGAAGAGAUUCGGACACGCCCAAGCUGCCCGCCAGCACUGCAGACAAGAGCCGACUGGACCAUAGCCAAUCCAGAGAGUCUGCUGUUCACUUUGAAGUACUGUCAGGCCCUUCUCCAGAUAAGCCAGCUUUAACAGAAGAGGAGAUGGAGAGGCGGUCCAAGGCUAUAAUUGAUGAAUUUUUGCACAUUAAUGAUUACAAGGAAGCAGUACAGUGUGUUGAGGAACUGGAGCAGCCUGCCAUGCUGUACGUAUUUGUGCGGGUGGGUGUGGAAUCGACCCUGGAGAGGAGUCUGAUUACGCGUGACCACAUGGGUCAACUGCUUUACCAGCUCCUGCAGGCUGGAAUCCUCUCCAAACCUCAGUUCUUUAAAGGGUUCUCUGAAACUCUUGAAUUUGCAGAUGAUAUGGCCAUUGAUGUUCCUCAUAUAUGGCUGUAUCUUGCGGAGCUGGUUACCCCUGUGCUUCGAGAGGGUGGAAUCUCUAUGAGAGAAUUAUUUAGUGAAUUUAGCAAACCAUUACUCCCUGUGGGAAGAGCUGGGAUAUUAUUUUCUGAAAUACUGCACCUUCUAUGCAAACAAAUGAGCCAUAGGAAAGUGGGAUCAUUAUGGAGGGAUUCUGAAUUAAGCUGGGCAGAUUUUAUACCUGAAACAGAGGACGUGCACAGCUUCAUUACAGAACAUAAACUAGAAUUCACAGUUUCUGAUGGCUCAAACCAGACUGAGGCUGUCUCUAAGAGAACACUCUCAAACGAUGAACUAAAUAAACAACUUGAAAAACUACUACUUGAGGAUAUGGCUGGCGAUGAACAAAUCUUCGACUGGGUUGAGGCCAAUCUCGAUGAAUCAGAAAUGAGUUCAUCUCCUUUCCUCAGAGCUUUAAUGACUGCUGUUUGCAAAGCAGCAGUUAAAACCGAGGGCUCCUCUUGCAAAGUGGACACUUCCAUAAUUCAGAGGAGAUUGCCUGUUUUACACAAGUACCUUAACUCGGACACAGAGAGACAGUUACAAGCACUUUAUGCACUUCAAGCAUUUAUAGUACAACUGGACCAGCCUCCAAAUUUGCUUCGGAUGUUCUUUGACUGUUUGUAUGAUGAGGAUGUGAUCUCUGAAGAUGCAUUUUGUAAGUGGGAGGGCAGUAAAGACCCUGCUGAACAGCAUGGAAAGGGCGUGGCCCUAAAGUCAGUCACCGCCUUCUUCACAUGGCUGCGCGAGGCAGAGGAGGAGUCGGAGGACAAUUGACAAAGAAGAGAAACGGACACUUUCGCCAUCUAGUGCUGAAGAGACAGUAGUCGCUAAAUCAAUAACUGCAUCAAAUUGAAAUGUAACAUAACAAGCAACACAUUAUGCAUCAGUCGGGCAGAGUGCAGCCAGAUUUGGAAUGGUACGGUUCACUGACAUGCAACGACCAUGUGAUGACUUAACAGUUGUUGGAGCACUAAAAAAUGUAUUAUUUAUAGAAAUAUUGCAUUUAAGUUUUUUAUUCUUUUCUUUUGUUACUUUUUAAGGAAAGACUUUAAUAAUACAAACGUUCAGCUAUGAAACAAAACAUACGUUCAGACUCGUUAAUUUAUUUUUUUUAAGAGCAGCAUACACGAAAGGGUAUUUAACAUUUGCUGACAGUCACAAUGAACGGUUAUCAACGGAUAUAGAUAUAACAUUAUUAAUUUUAUUAAUAAUAUAAUGACCGUGACAAAUAAUUAAAGAAUUUUCAUGCUGUUUCAAACUGUUCAAGAAUGGUAACCGUUUUAUCUGUUUAUCUGGUUGAGGAUAGUCGAGGCCGGUGUCAAAGAAGGAUCGGCGUUUUAGUGCAAGGUUUAAGGUUGUUAUUUCGAUAACCACACCGAUUGUUCCUCCGCUUCAGCUUGCUCUAUGUGAAACACUUCCUGUAAUCCAGCAGAAACAUGCAGUACUAUGCAUUCAGGGGACUGCUGGGUGUCACAGAACAAGAAAUGAAAGUCCACGAGCAAAGGACAACGUGUACAAAAACACUGAGAUGUUGCAGAACCUAAAGUGCUUGUUAUUCUUCAUACUGAGAGCAACUUUAAAACUUGUAAAUAAAUUAAAGACAAAAAUGAUUCAUAAAAAUGCAAA